AUGCCCCAUCAUAUUCAAUCUCCAGGUUCUAUGCUCCCAUCAUCGGCUAGCCUCCUUAAUCGAGACAACGGGUAUUCUUCGCUACCAUACUCGAUGUCUCGAAACUUCUCCGUCCCUCAAACGACUAAUACGUUUACCGACACAUCAAGAUAUCAUCAAUACGAGACGCGUUCUAAUGACGUGACCAUGACAAACACUCCGACUGCAGUUUAUGGGAGUUCGAACGGCCUUUACUUGGAAUCGCCGAGUCGCCUGCCUCCUCCAAAUGCCGAUUCCCCCCCUUGGCUUGAGACAGAAACUUACCAUAGAAUUACCGGCAACGGCCAAUCAGUCAAACCAGAAAUCCAGGCUCGUAUUCACAAAGGUUUUUUUCCUGCUGGAGGUUACUGGACCUGCUACCGCAGAAAUUACUUCUCCGUUUCACUGUCGUUUGCCAUGAAACCUUGGUUAGGUUAUGUUUCGUACCUCCUACACCGUCCCGGGAGGGCCCCAGAAAAGAUUUUGUCCUUUGCAAUGAGGCUUUCAGCUUCUGUAAAUGGACAGGAAAAAGAGACUCGAGAGCUCAUCCAGCAUACUCCAAAACGUGAUAAACAGUCAGAGAGCAAACCGAAACAGGCAACUCUCCAACCCCAACCACCUCCUUCACUUCUCAUUAAUCACAGUAAUAAUCCUUCAAUCAACUUUGCGACUCCUCCCAGUCAGUCCGCUGGUAUGCAGAUGGAUUAUAGCUCAUCUUAUGGUGGUGCACAGCAGUCCUCUCAAACCCCAACAUUUCACACUUGGGAGCGAAUUCAAUUCCAGAAGGCAACCGCAAACAAUGGCAAGCGACGAGCGCAGCAGCAAUUCUAUAAUCUUGCCGCAGAGCUCUGGGCUGAAAUUGCCGAUCCCCAUGGAAAUGGAGCAGAGUGGAUUCUCCUUGCAAAAAGACUUUCUAACCCUGUGGUUGUCCGUGGACGGUCACCUGGCCAUUAUAAGGAUGCUAAACGCGAUAGUGCGAGCCGAAAUGGCGACACAGAUCCUGGAGCCUCAGUCCUUAGCCGGCCCGGAAUCCAUAAUGGCAUAAAUAUGACGCAUUCACGCUCCCAAAUCCCAUCAGUCUAUGAUCCGAUUCCGCGCAAUAACUCACAGUAUGACUAUCGGCGUAUGCCAUCUACAGAUCAAUCUCCUCUGACUGCAAGUUCUCUUGUGUCAUCCUCCUCCUCUUCCCCUGGCUACGACAGCAUGUUGAAUGAUUCUCUCAACCCCAUGCAGCCUAUCACCCAUACUUCGUCCAUCGAUGGAUACGGGCAGCCUGCGUAUGCUUCCGCAUCUGCUCCACGAAGAGUUGCUGUAGAGCCGAUGAGUACUCGCUGUGUUUUGCCAUCAUUUGGGGAUACCACGAAAGCUCAUGAUCAUAAUGACAUGUCCCUAGGCGAAGCUUUUGACCCCAUGAUUCCAAUGAUGAACAGUGACCAUGGAGGGCCGGGUCAUUAUCUUCGAGCACAACCAAAUGGCUAUGUUAACCGCGAAGUUAGCAGGCCUCCAUCCGGUGGAAGGUUCAACUCCUACUCUACACGCCCUGAGGAUCAUACCUACGGCCGCUACGAUACGAUGCCCAACUCUCACAUCAUGUGA